CUAGCCGUCAUAUAACUUACUUCACAUUGCCCGUGAAGUGAUUUCCAUUUCAUAAAUCUGACUUUUCAUAGUAGGCCUAUAAGUAUAGCUGUUGGACUAGGUCUCUGUUUUUGUUAUUAAAUACAUUGGCUUAUAAGAUCUCGAAUGACUUUCCAUAAGGGAAAUUGUGACAACGUCGUAGAAGCGUUGACAGAAGAAGACCAACGGUUGAAUCUAACGUUUGAAAACCUCGAUCAUAUUCCUCCAGUUCUUCUCAACAGUUUUACAUCCUCCAUUAAAAUAUUGGAUCUGAGCCACAAUUGCUUUAGUGACCUGUCGUUCCUGAGCCAGUUUCCCAACUUGAAAUGUCUAAUCUUGGACCACAACCGUGUGAACUCGUCAACCACAUUUCCAACAGUUCCCGACCUCAAGGUGCUCUGGUUGAACCAUAACCACAUCGAUCGUCUGUUCCCCUUCGUUCAGCGACUACAAGAUGCCUUUCCUCAUUUGGAACAACUUAGCCUCAUGGCAAAUGAAGCUGUGCCUAUCAACAUUGACGACUCCACAUUUUACCAACACCUGCAAUACAGACUGUUUGUCAUAUCCUGGUUCUCCUGUUUGAGUCACCUGGAUGAUGAGCCUGUCAGAGAAGAUGAGAGGCAAGAAGCUCAUCGUCUCUACAAGCGACCUCUUCUAGAGCGACUCAUCAGCCAUAAAUCACUCAACGCACUCAUCACACGAGUGAACUCUGCUUUCAGUCUAAUCCGAUCCAGAAAUUUAUCCUCCAAGCUAAAACCUGCUUUCGUUUGAUACACACGGAAAACAUUAGCUACUACAGAAACCCAGCUUCACUACCAUCCAAAGCCUCAGCUAGCUUUACUAGAGCCAAGAAGUGGAUUUUGUCGAACAUUUUCACCAUUGUGCCAAUUAAAGUACAUCUAACUACAAAAUAAAAACAUGUUUAAGACUCGCUCAUAAUUUAUAAUGAAAAUGGUUUAAAACAAUUUAAGACAAUAUAAACAGUUAUGUUUCUUGCUCUGCAGGCUUGCUUGUAGAGGUCUCUAUUGGCCUCUCUGGCACCAUCCCAAUUUGGCCGACGUAAAUACUUUCUUUAUUACCUACAGAGGCUACCAAACAUAACUGAUUGAAUUGUCUACUAAAGUAAAAGUUAAAUUAUUCAGAACCCGAAAAAAUGAUUUUGGUGUACAAUCUCCACUUCUCUGCCUUCGGCUCUAGUGAAAUUUUGCUGGUUAAGGCCUCGGCUGGUAGUUUUGUUACCAGCCAGAGCCAUUCGUCAACUUCCUUUGUCAGUACAGGAAUUGUCAGUACAGGAAGAGGAUAUGACAUUGGUAGUUGUGAAAUCUAGUAAAACAAAGCCAGGUUGGAAUGGUGCCAGAGAAGCCAACAGAGACCUCUACAGGUUGGCGUGCAGAGCAAGAAACAUCUCUUAACAUUGUUUAUAAUGAUAUCAAUAAGAAAUGUAAUACAUCAUUUAUGAAAUUGAAAGCAAAAUAAAGCAAUCAUAAAAUUUAA